AUGAAACUGUGGAAAUCGAAGAAGCCCAUUGUGGGCUGUGUGCCCGGAAAAUCGGCGGCCCUCAAACAGGACCAGCAGCAGCAGCAACAACAACAGCAACAGGAUUCCUUCAACGGACACCAUCAUCCGCCGACGGACACCGCCUUGGCGCCCAUGUUAUCCGUGGACCGGGCGAUGAGUCCGGCACAAUCGGAGGACUCCGGACUGGCACCGGAAAGGGGAACCACCUACGCCACCAUCACUCUGCCACGGAAUGCCCUGCAUUUGGCCAUCACAUUCGCAGAACGCAACGAUCUGUCAUAUCCGCCGGUUGUGGGUUCCCUGAGUCCGGUGGGUCAUGCGGCGGAUUUCCUGGCGCCCGGCGAUCGCCUUCACCAGAUCGACGGGAUCUCGACGAUUGGCUUGAGCAACCAGAAGGUGAUGAAUAUGCUCUGCGCUGGUGGAUCGGAUGCGGGUCCUGCCAUCGUGGAGAUCGAGUACUCGCUGCCCGAAUACACAGUUUCCCAGAACAGCCUUUGUGUGACCUCGAAGCUGGCGCAGAUCACCGUGGAGCGGGAAAGUGGAUGCCUGGGUCUGACGUUGAGGGGCGGGGCCGACUAUCCGCUGAUCGUCACCCAUGUGAGGCCCCAUGGACCUGUCUAUAAGACCGGUCGCAUAAAGCCCGGCGAUCGGCUGUUGCGCGUCGAUAAUGUUUCACUUAUUGGCAAAACUUUGGCGGAGGCGCAGCAGAUCAUCAAGUGCGGCGGUCAUGUUUCCGGCUAUACCAACCUGACCAUCGAAUAUGAUGUUUCGGUGGUGCAGAGCGUUGAGUUCUCGAUGGGACCGCUGCUCAUCGAGAUCGAGCGGCCGAUGAACGAUAAGUUGGGCCUGGUACUUUGCAACUAUACGGCGGCGGUGCCCGCUUCCGGUUCCGGUUCCAGUACACCUUCCAGUGGGGAGAAGAUCGAGGAAUCGACGGGCGUCUUUAUAGCCAGUAUCCUGCCCGCUAGCAUUGCAGAUCGUUGCGGCGCCUUAUCCGUCGGCGAUCAGGUGCUCUCCAUCGACGACACCAUGAUCGAGCACACCGCCUUCAGUCCCGACGAGGUGAUGACCAUAUUGGACACCAGCACGGGUCGCGGCUACACGCAGAUGCAGAUCAUGCCCGCUCACGCGUUGGCCCGUCGCGGACACACCGCACUGGGCAGUCCCAAGUACAGCUUUAGCACCCUGGAGUCCCGCAAAUCCUCGACGGCGGGACGGCAGCGCCAGCGUUUUACCCGGAAGAGUUCCCUGCCGCUGGAGAAUCCAGCCAGUACUCCGGGAACCACUGGAGGAUCGGGUGGUGGCCCCGGCAUCCAUGGCAGUAGCAGUUUGGGCAUGGGACUGGGCCUUUGCCGGGCGGAGAGCUUUCCCGUCCUCCUCGAUUGCAGUCAAGGAGCGGGCAUUAUUCUUGCCGAAUCUGGAGGUGGAACUGGAGGAACUGGUGGAUCUGGCGGAGGAGGAGGAGCUGUGGCCAUUGCCCAGAUACUGGCGGAUUCGGUGGCCGAUCGCAGUGGCUGCAUUCAGGCAGGAGAUCGCAUAGUGGCCAUCAACAAGAUGUACAGUUUAGACGCGGCGGCCAUGAGGCAACUGCUCGAAGGAGGAUCCAGUCGCAGUGGCGGGAAUGUGGGAACGCCGGCCAAUUGGCUGGAGCUGGAGAUUGAGUUUGAUAUGCCGGAUGCCGUGGUGCCCUCCAGUGGAGUCUUCAGUGUCAAGCUGCUAAGGGCGGGCAAAUGUGGACUGGGACUGAGUGUGAGUGGUUCCAGUCAUGGAGGCCUGGUCAUUUCGGACGUCAAAAUGGGCAGCCCAGCGCAUCGCAGUGGUUCCUUGCGAUCGGGCGAUAUCCUCCUGGCCGUUGACCAGCAUCCAGUGCAGCAUUUCAAUGUGGACGCACUGCUCAAGGAGGAGGGCAGAUCGCCGAAUCCCAACCACAGCUCCUCGGACUUCACCACGCUGACGAUCAAGCGGAUCGUCCUGCCCGACUUCCUGCCCAUGUCCAGUCCCAUCUACAGCAAUUGUCCACCCAGUGGCAUCAACUUGGGCAUGGGCAUGGGUGUGUCGUCCAGCAGCACGGAUCACGAUCUUUAUAGCAGCGCCUAUGUGACGGCGGGCAAGUAUGCGGAUUGCGUGUCCCUGAAGUCGAGGACUCCGCAACCGGAUUACUUUCGUGUGCCCAGCAUGGACGACGCCAGUCUGCAGUCGGUGCAACUGAGAUCCGGAUCGGGUUCGAAUGGAGGCGGUCAGGGUAACGGCUGGUCCACCGCCGUCAACAGCCGAUCCUUUGUGGCCCCGCCCAACACGCAGAGCCUGACCACCGAGCUGCCCGAGGAGGAGGACGAGCAGGAGCAGAUGUAUCCUGGAUACGAACUCAAUCGAUAUGCCAGUGUUGACUGCACCGCCUUGCCGCCCCCCAUGGAGAACAAGGUUUAUGGAUCGGCAGCCAGUUCGAGCAGCAAGAGCAGCGGGAGCAGCCUGCACCAGAUCAUCUUCACGGUGCGCUUGGAACCCAAGGGAGGACUGCUGGGGAUCACUCUGGCUGGCAGCGAGGAUAUCACCAAGCCCAUAACGAUCAGCGGUCUCGUAGAGGGUGGCAUUGCCCACAAGAAUGGCCAGAUCCAUGUGGGGGACCAGCUGCUGGCCAUCGAUGAGCACUCGGUGCAGGGAAUGCCCCUGUCGCAUGCCACCAGUCUGCUGCAGAACCUCGGUGACCUUGUGGACCUGAAGAUCCUGCGAAGUCAUGACCUGGCUAAUGGCACCCACCUGCCGCAGACGCAGGCCAUCUAUGCCAAGGUCCAGAGGCGUCCUCGAAGUCCCUCGGCGAAUACAGAGGCGAGCAAGGAGUCGGGCAAUGGAAAUGCCAGCGGAAGUGGUGGCGCCAACGGAAAUGGCAACGGAAAGCCCCGGGUCUUCCAUGUCACACUCUACAAGGACAAGGUGUACGACGACUAUGGUUUCUCGGUUUCCGACGGGCUCUACGAGCGAGGCGUCUUUAUCAACAGGAUUCGCAGCGGUGGUCCCGCCGACAUGUGCGGUCUGCUUAAACCCUUCGAUCGCAUUAUGCAGGUUAAUGAAAUGAAAACGCAGGACUUUGAUUGCUGCCUUACUGUUCCGUUGAUCGCCGCCGCUGGCGAUAAAAUCGAGAUGAUCAUGCAGCGCACCGAGUGAUCCCUAAUGUGCGAGAUCCUUAUGUUUAACUAGUUGUACGCUAAGCUAAUCCUAAGUGCCAUUGCUAGCCCAUAAUCUCAUAUAAUACUAUAUCCCUCUAUUCUGUAUUCUUUACCGAACGAAACAAACAAAACACAAAACAAAAAUGUGCAAAAUUACCAACCUUCAAGGACAAUAAGCGCUAAUCAGUCUGCCAUAACCAAAUAAUGUCCUCUUUAAAAUAGAUCUGCCAUAAUUUUACUUUAAUUCUACGCUAAAUUUGUUUUCUAGCAAAUAAAUAAUCAUACCGAAAGUUUGUUUCAAACUAAACAAUCAA